AUGUUUGAACAUAGUCUUUCUAAUGGCAUCUCUUUUUCAUGUAUUGCCUUUCUAUUUCUGUUUGUGCUACCUGUAUUUUCUCAUUUUCAAUACCAACCAAAUGGGUUACUAGAUAAUAGCACUAAUCAUUCACCUUUUGGGUUUCUGAAACACAUGCAAGGGUGUCACAAGGGCGAGAAACUCAAAGGCAUUCGUGACCUUAAACUCUAUCUUAGUCAUUUUGGAUACCUUAACUACCAAAGCAACCGUAAGGUCGCAAAUCCUAAAGAAGACUAUUUUGACAAGGAGCUUGAGGAAGCAAUCAAGUCGUACCAAGCCUAUUACCAUCUCAAUGCCACUGGAACGCUUGAUGCGCCAACAGUGUCCAUGAUGGUCAUGCCUCGUUGUGGAUACCCUGAUAAGGAAACUCAUCAACAUAGUCACAAAACUUUACAUACCGUCUCUCAUUAUCAAUUCCUUCAGGGUCCACCAAAAUGGCCCCAGGGAAAAAGACAUCUAACCUAUGCUUUUGGAUCGCGUUUCCCUACCCGAUUCAUGCCUCCUGUUGCACGGGCUUUUAGCAAAUGGGCUACUGCUUCUCGAUAUUUUAGAUUUUCACAAGCUAGAACUAAUCAAAGUGCUGACAUAAAGAUUAGUUUUGAACGUGAAUCUCAUGGAGAUGGAUACCCCUUUGACGGGCCUGGUGGCGUAUUGGCCCAUGCUUUCGCCCCUACAGAUGGAAGGUUUCACUAUGAUGCGGAUGAAAGUUGGGUGAUUGGAGCAGUCCCAAACACUUUUGAUGUGGAGAGUGUGGCUUUACAUGAAAUAGGACAUCUACUUGGGCUUGAUCAUAGCCAAUUUCCAAAUGCAAUAAUGUGGAGUACCUUUUACUCAGGAGAAACAAAAGGAUUGACUUCGGACGAUAUUCUAGGGGUUAGGGCUCUAUAUAGGAAUUAGCUUGCUCUGAUCAAAGAUAAAUUUAUGCUUUCAGUGUGCUUGUGAUUAGAAGGGAAUAAAGAAUAAUGAUUGAUUUUAAGAAGUAUAAGUUUUCCUUCAUUGUUACAUCAUAAAAGGAAAAAAAUGUGUGAUGCAUGGUUGUUAAUUUUGUUGAAGAUCCUGGUUUUAUUUGUAA